AUGCCUGAAAAUGGCAAGAGGGAGUUUGAGGGAGAUGAAGUGUCCCUUUCUGAUGGUGGAAAUGCGUAUGCGCAUGUAAAUAAUGAAGAUGGUGACUCUCAUGAGAGCAAGAAGCCCUGUAAGGCAUAUCAGCACGGUCACGCAAAGGUCAAAACUGGCUGCAACACUUGCAAACGAGUCAAGUGCGAUGAAACAAAGCCAGCUUGCAUAAAAUGUCAAAGAAUCGGGCGGGUCUGCAAUGGAUAUCCAGCUUUGGACGAGCGAUGGAAGCCUGAAAACCAUAUGAUAGCCGUCUCAGCAUUCGGCAUGUCUGCAAACAACGAGCGUUGCGAUACCGGUACAUAUCCCUUAGCAAAUGAAAGAGACUAUAGAUUGGAAGAUACAACCCCUAAGUUGCCAUCUAUCAAAGAACAACUACUUGAGGAUGAUUCGGGGAGAGACUCACAAAUGCUAAGUCUUUCAUCAAACUCGUUGUCUGGAACGUUUGGGCAACCCCAACCUGAGUCUCUUGUCCAAAUAUAUGACCUCACAGGGCCUACAAGUAAUAAAACACCUCCCCAUACAUUUCCACGCCAGGGUUCCACUCCCGAAGUAUUUCAGUCUCAAGCGUGUAGUCAUCCUGGAUGUAGCAAAAGAUUCAAUGAUCCUUUUCAACUCACGAGACAUGAAAAGUUACAUCUGCGCGUUGGAAUUUCUGGAGAGAAAGAUUCUACACAAUAUAUAGUCGAGCCUGCGACCGAUGAAUCUUCAAGGCCCAGAAACUUAGAAUACACGAUCUUAAACAAAGCGACUGCUGAUCCGCUUGCAUCGGUAGACCACGGUUCCAUGUCGGCCCAUUCUUCUGAUAACAAUGGAUAUCAAAUAGAGAUUAAUGGCUCAGCCAGUGCCGACUCAAUUACAGCCGGGCACCCGAAAUGUUUAUAUUGUGAUUAUGAGCCAAGCGGAGGUGAUGAGUGGAAGAUGGGUAACUUGAUACGCCAUAUCAAAGGAAAACAUCUCAUCAAAACAACUGACAGACUGCAUUGUCGUAUGAAUGAAUGCAAAGCCACAUUUACCAGAUAUGGCAAUCUGAAAGCUCACCAAGAACAUAUCCAUGGUGGUAUCAUCCAGUCCACGGGAAAACGCCGGCGGAGAAAUAUGACAGAAGACGGGAUCGGAAGCACAGAAAAGAACAAGAUCGUUGCGAAAGAAGCAGUGAAUAUCGCCGCAGUCGAUGUAAUAGAUUCUGAAAACGAAGAAAUGCAAGCCAUUCAGGCUCGAUCGCUGGAAUCUUUCGAAAGUGACAAACGGUAUCAAAAGAGUCAUCGUGGUGAGGAAACUUUCCCCCACAAAGAUCAUUCAUUGCAUCAGUUGGGGCACUAUUAUAACCAGGAGGCUGAGAUUUUCGCUGCCUCUACUCGGUCUCACGAUGAUCAGAUCAUUACGGAGCAUUUGGGGAGACCAGGCUCUUCUGUCUUCGCAACUGACUUAGAAGUGCCAUCUAACUUCAAAAACAGCUACAACGAUAUGGAUUCAUCGGGAGUGGAUAUCAAUCAACACGAUUUGUUUCAUUGGGAUGCAAAGUCACUCGCUUCUGUGCAGACGUACCGAGAUAGCGGAUUAGGCUCAAGUCUACCCUCCCAGGGAUCUGCCUCAAUCACUCAAGACCUUCCCCAGGCAGCGAAAGAAGAGAUUCUAACAAUUAUCUACACCGAUUCUGAGCUCCAGUUGAGUCUUUGUAACAUUGCUUCCAAGAUUUCCAAACCACGAUUCAUUCGGAAUAUCCGACGAUUACUUCAGUUUUUUAUUCUUGAACUCCGAAAAACUGUUACUGAUACUCGGGAAAAUGAUGCCGUCAAUAUCCUUGAACGACAUGCACCAUGGUUUGCAACUAGGCUUUUUGACUUUUCAAAUCCUAAUCGAGACUCGGACUCACGCGCCAUGGCUUCAUAUCUAGACCAGCAAAUCGAUACAAAAUUGUUUGUUGAGCAAUACUUGGCAUCGAGUCUGGGCACUAAGAUUUCUGACGCUCAGGUAAGAGACGAACCGGAGAAAAUAGAUGCUGCUGCAAUGGAAGUUGAAGAUUUGAUCGAUAUUGAUUACUCAAACUUUCCAAAUCUAGAACACAUCAAAAGGUUCAUCAGCGGAGGCUCGGCUUUUAAACUUCUGCGCCUGAACCUCUUGGUGUGUUCUAGAAUUGAGUUGCCCGACACUUCUUUGGGAACUCCAAGCGUUCACAUUGAGCCAAAAAGCCCCUCACACCUCGAAACCAACCACUUCAGUAAUUUUCAACGGUUUAGAUCAAUCUUGGCAAAGCAAGCGAGAAUCGUGUUAAUUGUUCAGAGGUUUCUCAAACUCAUGAGAGCUCAUUCUAUUGUGCAUUCAUAUUCUGCCGUAGAUCAAGCCAAGCCCGAUAUCUUCGAAAAUGUAUCAAAUUCUUCUGAUAACCAUUCGUCGAAUGAAACAUUAGAAGCAUCUCCAAAUACAUCGAUCACUACUUCUGGUGAUAUUGAGUCUGACACAAACGACACGGACUACGAUUCUGACGACCUUCCGGAUGAUCCAGAACUAUCUGCUUCAGCAGAAGAACGAAUAACAAAUCCAAAGGCCUACUUUGACAAGUUGAAAUAUUUGGAACAGCAAGUUUUCAACAAUACAGGACUUUUUAUCCACAAAACUGGCGAUUCUACUGGACCAGCCCAGGAUGAAGCUUUACUUUGCCUUCCAGAACCAAAUUACCAUAAAUACCAGACUGGUUAUUGUUUGAAUAUCAUUAAAUACUCCGACUCCGAACUUCUUUUGGACCUGCUUGUAUGUCAUAACAGGGCCCACACGGCUGGCAAUAAUCUUACCGCACUUCAAGAGAAUGAUUAUUGUGCAAAGAAUAUCUCCUUGUUAGUACAAGAUCAGCAGAGGGCUGGGGUUUUGAGAGUCAUUCAGAUUGAGAUAUACAGACUAUAUUAG